UUUUGGAAAGAUGUGUUAUUUGACGUGCAGAGAUUAUUUGCAUGCACUCUUAAAUCAGAAGCUUAAGAACGUGUUAAGAAAAAGUACUAUGGAGAACAAAACAACUGGUGGUUCUGUUUCCAAGUCUCAUCACCACAGUGGUGCAAACAACAUUCACACUAAAACUUUCACACCAAGAGAGUAUCAGGUGGAACUUCUUGAAUCAGCUCUUAAAAGAAACACUAUUGCCUGUUUGGGAACAGGAACAGGUAAAACAUUCAUAGCAUUAAUGUUGAUUAAAGAACUUGCUCAUGAAUUGAGAAAACCAUAUGAAGAGGAUGGGAAAAGAACAAUUUUUUUAGUGCCUACAGUGCCUCUUGUGAUACAGCAGAAAGAUAGGAUAAAAGAGUAUACUGAUCUUGCUGUCGGAUUUUUCUAUGGUGAGAUGGGUGUUGAUUUUUGGAGUGCCAAACAGUGGGAAUCCCAGUUUCAGGAAUACCAAGUUUUAGUAAUGACUGCAGAGAUUUUUAGAAUUAUUUUGCACCAUGGAUUUAUUCCUCUGUCAAAAGUUAAUCUAUUAAUUUUUGAUGAAUGUCAUGCAGCAGUGAAGAAUCACCCUUACAAAGAAAUAAUGAUUUGUUUUGAUACUUGCCCAAAAGAAAAUCAUCCUAAGGUUCUUGGAUUAACUGCAUCUAUUUUGAAUGGCAAGUGUAAACCCAGUAAGUUAGAAAAACAUAUACAAAACCUAGAACUUAAUUUGAGAAGUACAGCAGAAACAGCAAGGGACCUUAUUUCUCUAAGUAAAUAUGGAACAAACCCCACAGAAAAUGUUGUUGUUUGUGAUUCUCUUGAAGCAUCACAAAGCAGUGCAGUGCCAAAUAUACUAAAUCAUACUCUUUCAUUUCUGAACUGUACUGAUUUAACCCUAAGAGAAGAAUAUGUGGAUUUACCUCAUCCAUCCACUCUGCCUAAAAAGUACUUAACUGACACAGUUAAAAUUUUUUAUGACCUUGGUCUUUGGUGUGGACAAAAAGCUGCAGAAAUAUUUAUUAGUGAGUUGGAUCAGGAAAUUGAAACAAUAUUUUCAGAUGAUCAUCGUAAUUUUUUGAUUAUGACAAGAACAGCACUCCUAACAGUUGUUUAUCUGUGUAAAAGUAUAUUGUCUUCUGAUUGUAUGGAUGGUAGUAAAAAGGAAAUAGAUGUGAUAGAUAGUGUACCAGUUACAUGUAAGUUAAGAAAGCUACUUGAAAUACUGGAAGCUUUUAAACCUAGUUCAAAGGCAGGUGAUCAUGAGAACAACAUAAUCACUGGUAUGCCAGAGUCUAGAUUAGUAACAAAAGAAAAAUCAAAAUUAGCUGAUGAAUCUGAUUACCUCUGUGGAAUUAUUUUUGUUAAACAGCGUAGCACUGCAUUUUUAAUCAAUUUAUGGUUAACAGAAGUCAGCAAAGCUUAUACAGAGUAUAGUUUUAUAAAAUCUGACUUUGUUGUAGGCCAUGGUUUGGGAGGCACAAGUAAAACUACUAAAGAGGCUUUUAUGUCUUUUCGAAAACAAGAGGAGACUUUGAAGAGGUUCAGAAACCAUGAUUGUAAUAUUCUCAUUGCUACAUCAGUAAUUGAAGAAGGGAUGGAUGUACCUAAGUGCAACCUUGUUGUGAGAUUUGAUCCACCUCCAGAUUAUCGAUCAUAUGUACAGUCCAAAGGACGAGCAAGAGCACCAGGUUCUCAUUACAUACUCAUGGUUUCUGUAGAUAAAAAAGAGGAAUUGCUGAAUACUGUUCAGGAUUUUUUCAAAAUUGAAAAGCUCCUUCUUCGAAAGUGCCAUGACCGAGAAAUGCAUGAUGAAAAACAGAUAGCUGACCAUGUGAUCAAUGAGUUCAAAGCACCAUACAUGCCUGUAAAGAGGGAUGGAGCACCACGUAUUACUUUGUCUUCAGCCAUCAUGCUUGUCAACAGAUAUUGUGUAAAGUUACCAACUGAUUCAUUUACUCGAUUGGCUCCAGAGUGUAUAAUAGAAGAAGUAGUUGAGGAUUUUACUGGGACUUGUAUGCAACUGAAAUCAAGAAAUCUGUACAGAGCCACAAUUACUCUUCCAAUUAAUUCUCUACUGAAAGAACCGAUCAUAGGAGAUAUAAUGCUCACCAAACGUUUAGCAAAGAUGGCUGCAGCUUUAGAUGUAUGUAAGAAACUCCAUGAAAUUGGAGAAUUAGAUGAUAAUUUUGUUCCUGUUGGCAAAGAGGACAAAAAAUUUGAAGAAUUAUUUGAAGAAUUAGAAAAGGAAGAAGUUACUCAUGGCUUAGCCAAACCUGGUACAACCAACAGAAGACAGGUCUACAACAAAAAGACAGCAGAUGCCUUGUGCAACAGUUAUCCUACUCCAGGAGCAACUUGCAUUCUGUACCGGUUCAAAAUGAAGUUGAUGCGUCCAAUACCAAAAGAACUGAACACUAGAAGUCGCAUUAUUUCAGAUCCUGAAGACACCACACAAGGGUUUGGGCUACUGACUACAAAGAAAAUACCUUCUAUAUGCAGUUUUCCACUUUUCACUCGUUCUGGAGAACUAGAAGUAGAACUAGAGUAUGUCGCAUCAAACUUGAAAUUUUCAGAAGAAGACCUGGAAAGCCUUGCUAUUUUCCACAAAUAUAUAUUUUCUGAUGUUCUACAACUGGUUAGAUACCCUAUGAUUUUCAAACCUAAUGCAGAAAAUGCAUCAUUUCUCAUUAUUCCUGUAAACAAAGAAAGUGAAAAUGAAUCUUUCAGUGUAGAUUGGAAAAUUGUGGAAAUUAUUAAUAAGGAAAAGGGUGUUUUACCUUGUAAGUUGUCAGAUGACAAAAGAAAAAAAUACAUUUUUAACGUGAAAGACUACACAGAUGCAGUUGUGAUGCCAUGCUACAGAAAUUUUGACAAACCCAAAUCUUAUUAUGUAGCUGAAAUUUGCCAUGAACUAACUCCUCUAAGUCCUUUCCCUGAUGUUGGGUAUGAAACAUUCGAAGAAUAUUACAAUAAGAAGUACAAAAUCAAAAUAAAUAAUUUGUCUCAAAAUCUUCUUGAUCUGGAUGAAACUCCUGCAAGACUUAACUUUUUAAUACCUCGUUACCUUGAUAAUAAAGGUAAGGCACAUAACACAAGAAGUGAUAAAAGAAAAAAAUCAGGAUAUAAAAAUCCAAAACAGAAGCAGUUACUGGUACCAGAGCUUUGUGUUGUUCAUCCUUUUUCAGCUUCAUUGUGGAAGAAGGCUGUUUGCCUACCUUCUGUUUUGUACCGUAUCAAUUCAUUGUUGCUUGCUGAGGAGUUCAGGCUAAGAGUAGCUCAGGAGAUUGGAGUAGGAUCAGUAGAUGAUGAAAUCAAGUGGCCUAAGCUUUAUUUUGAUUGGCUACUUUUCAAGACUCCAGUCACUCUUGAAAACAGAAUUGAAAAUCAUAACAUACAAGGUUUUGAAAUCUCCUUGUCUCCUAAAAAGCUUUCAUUUUCCAAACUAGAAAACACUGAUUUAGGCAGGCAUGAAAUGCAAGACUUUAAUUUUGAAAACAAAGACUGUACUCAUCUUUUUCCAUCUAUGGAUGAUAUAAUGAAGAGUAGUUCCAACAGAAUACAAUAUGGCUUUCCUAACACUUUUGAUGAAACUGAAGGUAAUUCAGAAUUAUAUAGUGACAUGGAAGAGGGAGAAAUAAGUACAGGUAGCUUGGAAACAGAAUCUUUGAGUGAUGUUUUAGAAAUUAGUAUGUCACAAGAAAGUGAAAGACUAGAAGAUAUUAAUUGUUUUGAAACAAAUUAUUCUCCAGAAAGUGCUUUAUAUGUUUCACAGAAUAGUUCAGAAUCUUUGUCAGAUAAUUGGGAAAUGGGUGAUACUGAAUCUGAAGAAGAGAAUCAGGAAUAUGAACAAGAAGAUAAACUGGAUAUAAGAAACCAAGAAACUAGAGAAUUAAAUCUUAAUAUAAAUCUUCUUGAAGAGUCCAAAAAUAUCAAUUUUGGUGAGUUGCUACCUGAACGAGUAAAUCAGUCACUUAAAGAGGAAGAUAUAUUUCGAGUUCACUUUGAUGAAAACUCAGAAAAUUAUCCAGAACCAAGUCCUAACAUUAUCCUACAAGCUUUUACCAUGGCCAAUGCCUGUGAUGGAAUGAAUUUGGAGAGGCUGGAAACCAUUGGGGAUUCUUUCUUAAAGUAUGCAGUAACUACUUAUUUGUUUUGUAAGUACCAAAAUAUCCAUGAAGGAAAACUUACAUUCAUUAGAAGCAAACAGAUCAGUAAUCUAAACUUGUACAGAAUUGGAAAACGAAAAGGCAUAGGUGAAUUAAUGAUUGCCAGUAAAUUUGAACCACAUGACAAUUGGCUUUCUCCAUGCUAUACCAUAUCACAGAAACAAGGAAAAGAAUUUACUGAUGUAGAAAUGUUUGAAGAGCAUUCAGAUAAUGGAAGUUUGGAAGAAUGCCAUUGGAAAGCAGAAGUUAAUAAUAAAUUUAACAAAACUCAAACUUCUGAAAACCCCACAUCCUUUUCACCAGACACCUCAGAUGGAAAAUCUUAUAAUCUGCUUACUCAAGAAAGCAUUUCAGACAAGAGUAUUGCAGAUGGAGUAGAAGCCUUGAUAGGGGCCUAUCUGUUGUCAUGUGGACCACGUGCAACACUUCUUUUUAUGUCUUGGCUUGGUCUCUGGGUUCUUCCCAAGGAUGAAGAUGGUACUAGUUUCAUUCCAAAGUAUGGAAUGUUUGAGCCUCCAAAAUCACCCCUUCUUAUGCAUGUUCCUUGUAAAAAUGAGAUACUUCUGAAGUUAACGAAUGGCUUUGAUAACUUUGAGAAAAAAAUUGGAUAUUCUUUUAAAGUUAAGGCUUACCUUCUACAAGCCUUUACCCAUGCAUCUUAUCAUUACAAUAAGAUUACUGACUGUUACCAGAGGUUGGAGUUCUUAGGGGAUGCUGUUCUUGAUUAUCUUAUCACGCGACACUUGUUUGAAGACCAGAAAAAACACUCCCCUGGAAAUCUGACAGACUUACGUUCUGCUCUUGUAAGCAAUGCUUUCUUUGCAUCACUAACAGUGAAGUAUACCUUUCAUAAGUAUUUCAAAUAUCUUUCUCCUGGCCUAUUUUCAGUUAUACAGAAGUUUGUAGAACUGAAAAGAGAUACUGCUGAGUGUGGAUAUUAUGAUAAAUAUUAUCUGGAGGAAAAUGAAUGUGAGUUGACUGAAGAAGUAGAAGUACCAAAAGCACUUGGAGACAUUUUUGAGUCCGUUGCUGGAGCUAUUUAUCUAGACAGUGGAAUGUCUCUAGACACAGUUUGGAGGGUAUAUUACCCUAUGAUGAAACCAGAAAUUGAAUAUUUCAGUACUAAAGUACCUAAGCCACCCGUCAGAGAACUUUUGGAAUUGGGGCCCCUUACAGUUGUGUUUCAACCUCCUGAGAAGACUUCAAAUCAAAGAAUAAGGGUUCAAGUGGAUGUGGCUGGAAUAGGAAGUUUUGUUGGUGUAGGAAGAAACAAAUGUAUAGCCAAGAGCAUAGCAGCGAAGUUAGCCCUAAGAGAAUUGAAAAAGAUCAAAGUGUAACAGAAGUGAAAUGACAUCUUCCUUUUAUAUAUGCAUUCAUUUUACUUUGAUUGAUGAAGACAUCCAGAGCCACAAAAAUUAACCUAACAUUGAAUUUUCUUCAUUCUUGUUGCAAUAUUUCAUAUUAAAUUAGAAGAGUAACGUUAAUCAUACAAGUGAUUUCAUACAUUACAUUUUAUAACAUUUCUGUAGUUGAAUAAGAACUGCUUCAGAUAUCCUUUUUGUAGCUGAUUCAGUUUUCAGAAUUUUGUCACAAGAAUUAUAAUUCACCAACUUAUUACUUUCUGCUUUUACAAAUAUGACAAAUUUGAUAGUUGUGAUCAAAUUAUAUUUACUUGGACUUUAACAUGUAUAUACUAUUAAGAUAAAAGUUUUAAAAUAAAUUAUUUGAGGUAACAAAUGUGAUAAAGUUUUCAGGUUGUAAGUUACAACUAGUGGUAGUAUAUCCAAUUUGUUUAUUUCUGUUAUACAUCUUUUAAUAAUGUAGAGUACAGUAAUUAAAAUAAAAACUACCUAAAGCAUCAA